CCCAUUUCCUCCCUCUGCCCUCACCCUUCAAAAAGCUGAAAUCUUAAAUUUGACCACGUUUGAUAAAGAAGAUCAAUCGGUUUGUAAAGAACUCCUUCCAAACACGACACGUCAGGACAUACUCCAAACCAGCUUGCUUUUCUGCCAGUUUUAAUUGCAAAUUCAUGGAACAUAAGCAAUCAAGAUGCCACAGUCUAGACGCCCUGAUUUAAGAACCGAGAAAAGAGCGCGGGCGACCGUUAAUCUCUUCUCUGGGCGAAGGCGGCAGCGGAGGCGAAGACAAGACCGGCGGAGGCGGGGUUUCCUGAAUGAAACCUCGCCCCUCCCCUACUCAUCGCUGAUUGGCGGUGGCGAUAAUCCGCGGAAAAAGGGGCGGACCUCUCCCUUUCCGCGCAGUCCACCGGCUUGGUGGGUGUGUGCGGGAGGCGGGUGCGCGCGCGCGCGCUCGCUCGCGUCGGAGGAGCGGAUAAGAGGCGGGGCCGCAGCGGCGCGCGCUCCCGGAACGCGCGCACCACAGGCGGCGCGGUUCGCUAGGAGCCGGUCAGGGGAGCCCGGUGUGCGUGUAGAGACAGGGCUCGUGGGAGACCGUCGCGAUGAACACGGUGCUGUCGCGGGCGAACUCGCUGUUCGCCUUCUCGCUGAGCGUGAUGGCGGCGCUCACCUUCGGCUGCUUCAUCACCACCGCCUUCAAAGACCGGAGCGUCCCGGUGCGGCUGCACGUCUCGCGGAUCAUGUUAAAAAAUGUAGAAGACUUCACUGGACCUAGAGAAAGAAGUGAUCUGGGAUUCAUUACAUUUGAUAUAACUGCUGAUCUAGAGAAUAUAUUUGAUUGGAACGUUAAGCAGUUGUUUCUUUAUUUAUCAGCAGAAUAUUCAACAAAAAAUAACGCUUUGAACCAAGUUGUCCUUUGGGACAAGAUUGUUCUGAGAGGUGAUAAUCCAAAGCUGCUGUUGAAAGAUAUGAAAACAAAAUAUUUUUUCUUCGACGAUGGAAAUGGUCUCAAGGGAAACAGGAAUGUCACUUUAACUCUAUCUUGGAACGUUGUACCAAAUGCUGGAAUUCUACCUCUUGUGACAGGAUCAGGACACGUAUCUGUCCCAUUUCCAGAUACAUAUGAAAUAACGAAGAGUUAUUAAAUUAUUCUGAAUUUGAAACAACAUAUUUUUAUACUUCACGAAUCGUAUCUCAUUUAUUCCCUUGCAUCUUCAUUUGCUUUUGGUUGUUUUUUUUGUUUUUGUUUUUUUAUAAGAACUAAUAUCAAAAGGCAUAUUUGAAGGGAAAGGUUAAUGGGCAACUUGAACUUAAUUUUAUAAACCAAACAAGCAAAGAAGGCCACCAAAGUGGAGUAUUAUAAGAAUAAGACAACUUCAUAACAAGAAUUUGUAAAAAACAUGUAUUUGAAGUAUUCCCUGUGUUUCCAUUACUCUUUAUGGAAUGUAACAUGAGCAUGAAGGGUAGUUAAACUUUUGGCUGUCUCUAGAGUCAUAAGAACUCUGUAUUUUAUGCCUUCUGUUCAUGCAGAUUCACAUUGGAUGGGAUUUAGAAGUAGACAUUCUCUUUUCUCUUUUUUGGGGAAUGUCUGAUUACUGGAAAAAUUAUUUGUUAGAAGCCUGGCUUUACAAAAUAGCCAAAAAUGAUGAAAUUUUAUUCCACUUAUUUUAGGAAUGCCCCUAAUUCAUGCUUUUCUUGCAGGUGACUGUCAACUUUCUCCACUUAAAGACUAAAUACCUCUUUAUAUGCUGUAACUCAUUCUGACUCAUUUUAAAGUCUCAUAAGUCAACCAAAUGUGUGUCUUUCAGUGCUUUUUCUUAAAAUAUUCCUUUGUAUUAUAUCUCUCUGAUUUUUUAGCAUUGUCAUUGAAAGUUAAAAAUGUUCGCAUGGUUUCUUCCCUGAGUCAGGUUUGUUCUAGUGAGCAUGCCUAGUGCCACUGUGUGGUAAUUAUUUAACAUUUCCUGUAGAUCCAUAUUUUAUUAAUUAUUGGGUGAUAAUAAUAACCAGUAUUUGUGGUGUACUUUUCCAUUUACAAAGCACUCUCAUGUAUUUUCAUGUGUGCUGUCCUCAAUAAUCUAAUGAGGUAGGUAGUACAAGUGUUAUCCUUGUGGCAGAUGAAGAAAUGGAAACCUAGUUUAUUGAAUUGCUCAAGGUCAAAUAGCUAGCAAGGAAUGGAGUUACAACUUGAACGCAGAUCCGACUCUCUAAACUUACCCUUCUCGUAUACCUCAGAUUACAAGCUAAUCAAAACUCACUUACACUUUUCAUUAUGUUUUUUGUUACCCUGGAUACCCUUUCUUCUACCACUCCUAGAAGAGGUUUUCUCAUCCUCUGUGAAAGUGACUAAUUUUCAAGCUGUCAGCAAAUUAAAUGUAGAGGUAAUAUCUCAUUUUAUUCUUUGCAUAACUUCAUUUUCCUUAUAUUAAAAGUAUUAGAAAAUCUACGAGUAUCUAAAAAUAACUUAGAGAUUAAAUACAUAAUAUAUGAUUAUGUGAUCAUAUUUGAUAAGAGUUUUUCUGCAGUGGGCAAAUAAACAUCCUCAAAGGUAACAACUUGCAAAUCAGCUUACCCUUCAGAGCGAGACCAAACACUGUAGUUACACAAUGAGCAGUAACCAAAAGGGCUACAAUUUUCUAAAGCUGGUUUAAAGUAAUAGCUAACGUUUCGUUAUAUUAACCUCAUAUUAAAAAAAAAAAAAAAUCCACCAUUUAAU